GGUAAAGAGGGUGGAGUAACUCGAGGAGUCAUCACACUUCCUGCUCCGGAGGAAGCGAGUAAGAUUGUUUAUCUUAGGUUAACUGGUGGCUUCUAUUUACAGGAGUUUUCAGACUCUGAUGAGGUCUUGAAGAGAUCCUAUGCUGUGUUACUUGAACUCAUCAUGUACUACUACCGCUGCUCUGCCCAGAGUUUAGAGUUUUAAUUAGGACGUUUUUAGGAGGACGGACUAUUAUCGGGAUUGUCUUUCAACACCCUUUUUUGGAAUCCUGUAUCUCCUCGAAGGCUGCAGGUCCAUUCAGUUUGCAUUAGGCCUAUUUAAGCUAUGGCGGACGGGAGGAUCUAUGUGGGGAACCUUCCCAUGGAUGUGCAGGAGAGGGACAUUGAGGAACUCUUCUUCAAAUAUGGAAAAAUUCGGGAUAUCGAGCUGAAGAAUAACCGAGGCACCAUCCCCUUUGCCUUUGUUCGUUUUGAGGACCCACGGGAUGCGGAGGAUGCCGUCUAUGGAAGGAAUGGAUAUGGAUUUGGAGACUGUAAGCUGCGUGUGGAAUAUCCUCGUUCCUCAGGAUCCAAAUUUAGUGGACCUGUUGGAGGAGGACCAAGGGGAAGGUUUGGGCCUCCGUCACGCAGGUCCGAAUUCCGGGUCAUAGUGACUGGUCUUCCUCCAACUGGAAGUUGGCAGGAUCUCAAAGAUCACAUGAGGGAGGCAGGAGAUGUGUGCUUCGCUGAUGUGCAGCGGGAUGGUGAAGGAGUGGUGGAGUUCCUUAGACGGGAAGAUAUGGAGUAUGCUCUGCGUCGCCUGGAUGGCACAGAGUUCAGAUCUCACCAGGGAGAGACUGCCUACAUCCGAGUUAUGGAGGAGCGGAGUACAAGCUGGGGGCGGUCACGUUCCCGGUCCAGGUCUCGUGGGCGGUACACACCUCCCUAUCAGAGCAGAGGGUCCCCACCUCCUCGCUACCGCUCGCCUCCACGUCAUAUGUCUCGUCAUAGCCCUCCCCCCCGACGAGCUCCGCCCCAGCACCACAGCCCGCCCCCACGCCACUAUCGGUAAACAGACCUGUGGUGCCAGAGCUGCUGAAGUGUCCCCCCCUUCCCUUCCAUGUCACCUUCUUUUAGUCGUUCCCGCCCCCCCCCUCCCUCCCUCCCUCCCUCCCUUUUUUUUUUUUCUAAUUUUGUAAUUUACAUUCCAUCAAUGAGACAACCCCAAAGGCCUUAAUCACUGUACAAGUUCUAAAAUGGUUAAAAAAAAAUUAAAAAUAAAAGACCCUCUUCUGGUCAACAACUGCUGGGAAACUGAUAACUGCCAGGAAGAGUGUGUAAAUGAGAGAAUGUUAGAGAACAGAGAUCUUGAAAUGUGACUUUGGGUUACAGUGGCAGUGUGAAAGCUUUUACCCUGUGGCAUUUAGGACAAUUAUGUUAAACUUUGUCCAUCUUAAAAUAUUCAGAAAAUGUGGCAAAGCAGCUGUUCUGACAGGAUCUGGUAAAUCCGGUAAAUCUUCUAAAUCUUUUCAUGAUUUUUUUUUUUUUUUUUUUUUUUUU